CGAUUCAAUUCACUUAUCAAAGUUAUCAAAACCGAAUACAAAAUCAAAUGAGAUAGAUUCUCAUUCUGUGUGGAAAAAUAUUGUUUUUUAUUUCGUUACUGUUUCUAAUAAGUUCUAUCGAAGAAGAAUAAUAAUUGUGAUAGAAUUCUGACUUAAGUGAAGUGAUUUUCAUUCAUUACCAUGUCUAAAUCGGUCGCCAGAUUAAAAUCUAUGAAGAAAGUUGCGGACAAAAUUGACCAUAGUUCGAAAUUACGCACAAAUAUUCCUGCGGGUAUGGCUGCAGCAGGUCCACCUUUGGGUCCUAUGCUCGGCCAGAGAAACAUCAAUAUAGCAGCGUUUUGCAAAGAUUUCAACGAACGUACGGCCAAUAUAAAGCAGGGAAUACCGCUACCAACGAGGGUGAAGGUUAAUGCUGAUCGUUCCUAUCAACUUGUUAUUCACCAACCUCCUGCAUCAUAUUUCCUGAAGCAAGCUGCUGGUAUAAGCAGAGGUGCUAUGGAACCCGUGAAAGAAAUAAGUGGGAAAAUAACAUUCAAGCAUUUAUAUGAGAUAGCCAAAAUAAAGUCGCAGGACCCAACACUGGAGUGGAAGUCAUUGCAAGAGAUCUGUGUCAUGUUGAUAGCAACUGCAAGAACCUGUGGAAUAGAAAUUGUCAAAGAGUUGGACCCAAAGGAAUAUGGUGAGUUCCUGCAAGAAAGGAAAAAGGUAGUUGAAGAACAAAAGAAGUUGCUGCAAGAAAAACGAGAAGCUAAGAUGUUGAGAACUGCUUAAUUUGUUAUUACAUAAUGUAUAUAGGUAGUGAAUGUUAUUAGGAUAUAGUUUGAGAUAAUAUAAGAAAUCUGUUUCAAA